AUGGUCUCAUUCACCUUGACUUUGAGUUUGUCGUUACUGCAGAUGCCCCGAGGAGCAGGGUUUGUUGUGCAGAGAUUUCACCUUCCCUGUCUACACUGUAAUUAUGCAUAUAAGAAGGCAGUCUCUACGACAGAAAUUUGAAAAUUACGCAAUAUUUUUUUCUGUGCUUACAUUUGGGUGUUCAUUUGUAAAAAUCUUUCCAUUAAACCUAUUUUUUAUACUCAAAAUGAGAUGUGGAAGAAGGUUUUUAAGCGUAAAAUCCGAAAAAACUUGUUGUUAUCUUAUCGGAUCCGUUUUUCGGAGCCUCGACCAUCUUGAACCUUUUUUAAAGCGACUUCCAUUUGACGUAAGUGAAAACUUUAUUAAGGAUAUUUGGUUAAAAUUUUUACUCACUGUCACAAUUUGAGGUGUGCUAUAAGAUCUUUGAAAGGACGCCAGUGGUUGCUUUACUCGAUUUGGACAACGAGUACACCCGAUCAAGCAGGUUUGAAAAGCGAUGCGAGAAUGUGUGUAGACAGAGUGAUUUCACCCCAAACGAGGGAGAGUCGUGUCCUCAAGUUAUAAAAAGGUAAGGGAAUCAAGAUAAUUGAAUGUUUUCAAUAUUCUACUGACCUUUCUGGGUUGCUGUGCAGAAGAAGAGCGACGUUCAGAGCAUUAAAACAUUUAAAUUUAGGUGGCUGAAAUCUGCAAAUGUACUCAAAUCGUGUAUGAAACAAAACCAUGUUGGCGGAGCGCCAAUAUGCUUGCGAGAUUUCUGUAAAAACGAUGGUCAAAUCAAAAUUUCCUUGCAAACGAACGAAGAUGGGCACACCCAUCAUUAUCACAGACGAUUUCAAAGUGCCAGCUGGCCUGCUCUCGAUCAGCCAGAAUUAUGUCUCACGGUGGGCAACAGGUUCGACAUGAAACGGGGAUCUUCUAUCGUCACUGUAAGUUGGCGCUUCAGAAAAUUAAGUUUUAUUACAUGCAUUAUAAAACAUGACUUGACUGGGCAUUUUCUUUUCAGACCGCCGUAAACAUUCAAAUUGAUUCAUCAACUUCACUUGCAUUUGACGAGGACUGGGUAUAUUAUGUUUUGGAAGAUUCGGCGGAAUACCAGAUUUGCCGUGCUCAUCUUAGACAAGUCUCGUUGCCCCCAGAGAACUUAGAUUCUCUGUCGAAGUCCCACCAGGUGGAUUGGAUCCGAGUCGGUAGCGGUAAACUCUUAACGGGAAUAAUGGAGGUGGGAUCAUCUACGUUCUACUUUCUGUGCAGGGAUCUGACCUCACAAACCACCACGUUCUGCUGGAACGAUGAAUACAACCGCAACUGGGUAAGCAUACGACUAAAAUAUGCAUAGAAAAAGACACAAGCUCUAGUAGGGGAGAUUUUGUUUAAUCUUACAUGGCCAAGUUAUCCAACCUCAAAAAACACAAGCUUGGGGGAGGAGUCAGUAUAUAUCGGCUGAUCCUGUAAAACGCAAGAUGAAACUUUCAGAAAUUGAUAUGUAGCCUAUGCCCAAAGUGUGUGCAAAAUUUAAAGAAAACAUGAACGUCGCACCUAAGGUACUUCCUUUGCAUGUUAAUACGUCAAAUCCUUUGAUUUCCCAGAUGUCCUUUCCCCUCAUUGAUGACGUCCUAAUGUUUAAACCCUCUGAAAGGAGUAUAAACUCGGCUGCCCUUGAGAGAUUAUUAAUCCAAUAUUUAGUUUAAAGAUGCGAUGGUGCACAACGACCUGGUUGUAAUAUUUUACGCCGGAGCAAUGGUGAUAUACGACUUUGAAAAAAAGAGCCGCACGAGAGAAGUAAUAAGGAGAUUCUGCCGAGCAGGUCCAAAUUCGUAUCUGGUUUCCAUACGAACGGUAAAGGGAAGGAAAUGUCGCUAUCUGGUGAAGGUAAACUCCUAUUUUUUUAUCACCGUCUGGUAACCGUGAUUUUACUUACAAUGUAAAAUACAACAAUCCUACAUAUCCGCAUUGACAGAAAACAUUUUUUAGCUUGUCUACAUCAUUGACAACAAGAUCAUUGAGUACGUUCUGGCAAAAGGCAGCACUGUGAAAUUUGGCCGACUGACGGACAACUUAUUCUAUACUCGGCGAAAUGGCAGAACCACCGAAUGGUUCCAUGAUGUACACGGAGGUAAAAUUUAAACACCAGAUACCGAUUCUUGAAAUUUCUAGCUGGCGCUUUGCAACAGCUCGCUGAUUUAAAAAAUACUUUCUUUUUUAUUUUCAGAAACGCCAUAUCGUUUGCCGAACCUUCGUCCAAAUUGA